GGACCUUGAGCAACCACAGUCUACGGAGAUGGCCAUCGCCGACCCGCAGAGGCUGGACGUGGGCCGCAUCCGUUGGCUGAGCCGAGCCAUGGAUGAGCUGCUGGUUAACCCGUACGACGACAUGCGACGCAGCUUACAGAACAUCCGCGAGUGCUUGCACGAGUCGCGCAACAUCGCCCGCGUGCUCGUCGCCUGCAUCGCCAACGUGCAGCAGUACAUCGACGUGGUCGAUUACGCCAAGGACUUCGAGAGGAUGGGUGGCUUCCAGGUGUUCCCCGAUCUUCUCGACUACCCCAGCUCGUUGGUUCGGGUGGAGACGUGUGCGCUGAUCGCUGAGCUCGUGCAGAACAACCCGCACUGCCAGCGAGCGGCGUUUCUGAGUGCGCGCCGACUGAUGCGCCUGCUGGACUCCGAGACGGACGACGAGGUGCGCUGCAAGGCCCUGUACGCCCUGUCUUGCAUGGUGCGACAGAACAGGGACGCCUACGCAAACUUUGAGAAGCUCGGAGGACCGACCGUGUUGCGGAGGACGCUCUUCGAGACCCCCAACAGGCGUCUCAAGACCAAGGCGAGCUUCCUGGUGGCAACGCUGUGCGCUCAGGAGGAGAGCUUCCGCCACACGCUCGCCACCUCGGAGUUCGCGCGCGACACCGUCGACCUGCUGCCGCACGUCGACGGGGACUGCCGGCAGUUCCUGCUGAGCGCCUUGCUUUCUCUGGCCACGCACAGCGCCCAGCCGCUGCUGAGUGAACGGCCCGCGGUCAAGGAAGCCCUGGUCGCCAUGCUGGCCGGCUUCAUCCGCGAACACCGCGACGUCGCGCAGUUCCAGGAGGAAGUGCAGUAUUCCACCGAGAUACUGGAACUCAUGAAGGACCGCAGAGAGCUGCCGCGAAUGAUUUCGCUUCGCUCCUCAUAAUGUUUCUGCUGCUCUAAAUGUUGAGUGAACACGCGGCGUGCGCAUGGCAUGGUGUGAUGAGGAAAAGAUUUUAUACGAUAUUUUUGCGUGUUUUUUUACUGCAUAUUUGUGUUCGUGCGUAUCUGACGAGCCUGAUUAGGUUACGGUGCUUGAAAAUUUUGAGAAUAUAUUUGGCAAAGCACAGAUACGUCUCAUGGGAGGGAUGCAAGAGUCAUAGGACGUUGCAAUGAUAUUGUUAUAAUCUUUACGGGAGCCGGGAAAUA